AAAUAGAAAGUUUCAUCUUCAAAUCGAAUCUUCUCUUCGUUCACGGCCAUACGCACACGAGAGCGAGGAACUGUGUCAAAUGUGCUUGUGUCAGCUUAUAAAGUGCUGUCAAUCGAAAAAGGAUUUACUUAUCUACGAAUAUCGAAUCAACAUAGUAGGUGAUUCGUCAUUAAAUAUUUAAUCAAUUUUCUCGCUAAGGAAAUGGCGGAUACUACUGUGGAUGCAACGAGGCGUUUAAACGUUAAGAAACAGACAUUGGACGACGCUUACGCUGCGCCCGCAAAUUUUCUCGAAAUUGACGUGAUUAAUCCAAUCACACACGGCGUCGGUAAAAAACGAUAUACCGAUUACGAAGUCCGUAUGAGAACAAACCUACCAGUCUUUAAAGUCAAAGAUUCUACGGUUAGAAGAAGAUAUAGUGAUUUUGAAUGGCUUAGAAACGAAUUGGAAAGGGAUAGCAAGAUCGUUGUACCGCCAUUACCUGGAAAGGCAUGGAAACGUCAAAUGCCUUUUCGAGGAGAUGAUGGAAUUUUUGAGGAAGAUUUUAUCGAGGAUCGAAGAAAAGGUUUAGAGAUAUUUGUUAAUAACUGGACAUCCUUUGGCACAGAAUGAACGAUGUUUACACUUAUUUCUUCAAGAACCUGUAAUAGACAAGAACUACGUACCUGGGAAAAUACGUAAUACAUAAGUAAUAAUAUUAAGACAAAUCGCAAGUAUAUUUCACCCAGUCUUUGAUAUUUAAGCCAUAUUUCAUUAUUUUAAUAACGCUUCAUUGAGAGAGAUUCAAAGAGAUCCUUCUAUAUAUGUAUACAUGUAUAUAUAUAUACACAUAUAUAUAUAUACAUAUAUAUUUUUAUAAUAUAUAAUUGAGUUUUUUCAGUGCUGUGAUGUUCAAUAAAGUUUCUCAGUUAUAAAAUAAUUACGUUUAAACCAGUUUUGUAAAAUUCGCGAAGGAUCUUUUAUCAAAAGUAAAUAUUAGUUAUCUUUAUAAGGGAACUAUACACGAUCUCAAAAAGAAAAGAAAGAAAAAAAAUAAUUUACACAUCAGGCAAGAAAAGAGUUAUUAAGAUGAAUCACUAUAAAAAGAAAUGACAGAAUUUGUGCAUAUAGAGAGAAAAAGAGAGAGAAAGAGAGAGAGAGCACCAGAGCGUUGUUACAUUUUUGCAUAAUUAUUGAUGCACAAAUAUCUGUUCAUUAAAAUAUGGCUUGUGGAAAUAAAAACGUUUAAAAAAAAAAGAAAAAAAAAUAAAUAAAAAAGAAACAAAUAUUUAUGUACAAGUUGCUCGGUAGAAAGGUGCAAACACAUAGAGAUAAUUAAUACUAGUUGAUCCAAAUCUGCUCUUUCGUACUUUUAUUAGAAACUUGCAACUUUAACAAAUAUUAUUACUCUUAAGUAAUGAAAUUAUUGUAAUAUAUCUUGUUGUUGCUAAUGUUUCUACUUUUGAGUUUUAAUAUUGUUUCUACCAAUUAUAUUUUAAUGGACAACUUGUACGAAUCUAUUUUCUCAAAUAAUUUAUGUACAAAGGUGUGUAUACUCUAAAAUACGAAUUUUCCUUUUAAUUAGCAAUUAUAUAAUUGAUUUAGUCAAAAUAUUCAGUUUUUAAAUAAUAAUGAAAGAUAAUAUAAUAUAAAUAUCUAUUUGCUAAAAAUAUUCUUGAAAACAUUUGUACGUCUCAAUAUUCUGAAUCUCUUUAUUGUGUUUAAAUUUCUCAUUUCAACACAAAUGGAAUAAAGUAAUUAUUGUUAUUAUUAUUACUAUUACAAUUAUUAUUAUGGAUAUUGUUUGAAAAUCAAGAGUAAAAUUAUUGGAUUUUUAUAUAAUACCCCCUUAUCAUUAACAUUAUUUUUCAAAAUUAUUAAGAAUACAAUGAAUGUAAUAUCUAAACAGGUACAAUCAAAUGGACACACACUAUGACUCAGUCUCUAAUUAUUUAAUUAUUUAAUUAUUAAUAUCAUAAGUCUAACUUUACAUAUAUUAUACGUGCACACAACAGAUUUAAGUGUUUUUGAAGAAAUAUCUACUACUUUUUAUUUAUUUAUUUUUUUUUUUCUCUUUUUCUAAUACGAGUAUUAAUUCGAUAAUAUAUCUUAAAAUCAUAUCCUUUUUCAUCAGUCUUAAAAGAAAAAAUAUCUCCUAUCUCUAGUACACAUUAGAAAAAAAGAAGUAAUUUCUGUUUAUAUGGCGAUAGAAUAAUUAAUUUAUAAAUGUAUUUUUUCUUACAUCUAAUGUGUUACAGAGGUGGAUACUCUGUAACUCUUACACAUAUAUAUCUUGACUCGUCCUAAUGAAUUUUCUAUUCCGGAAAUAAUUGUCUAUAUAUUUGUUAAUACAAUUUUCCUCUGAAAAUUAAAACAGAGAAAAAUUAUAAAUAAAGUAUUAUUAGGAAUGUUUAUAAAAAUGAGAUAAUAUUAUAAGAUUUAAUAUCAAUAUGUGAUAUCUUACCAGGAAAUGUAUUCUCGAUAAUAAGCAUAUCAGCAAUAUGCUUAGCUACAGCUUUAAAUAAUUGACGAUCUUUGAUUCGUCUUUUUUUAUAAAACGGCAUAAGAUAUUUAACAAUCCACGGAGCUAUCCUUUCUUUGCAUGCAGUUAAAUGUUCUUCUAUACAAAUCGGUGAAUCUGGCAUCAUUUCUUCUUCGUCAAAUUCUCCAAAUAAUUUGAUAAAUUUUUCUUUCACUUUACCAUGCUUCCGGUAAUUUGUUAUGGACAAUUCUGUCAUUUUAGUUUUCAAUUUCGAAACCUGAUGUACUCUUUCGACAAACCAGAUACCAUCCGUUCUCUUCUUCUGUUUAUUUUCACUUGUUUCUUGUUUGCACUCAAUUGUUUCUUCUUUGUUAAUUUCUGUUGGUUUUUCUGCUCUAUUUUUCAUUUCUUUAUAAUAACUAAAACUAAAUUUUCCUUGGACAGAAUUAGAUGUUUUUACAUUACUCUUUGGAAUAUUAUUACUCUCUUCUAUAUGUUGUUUGAAAUUAGAAGCUAUUGAGUUAUCAGUGUCUAAGCUCAUCUUAUUGAUUUCCUUAUCAACACUAGCCUUACUGAUGCCCGAAUGUUUUUCGAUUAACGUUGUUAGAUCGCUACUAUCGUCACUUUCACAGAACAUAUCUUCCAUGUGUUGCAAAAGAGAAUCUUGCGAGUUUUCACCAUCAUUUGGAACACUCUCUGUUUGCUGCUGAAUGGAAAUAGCUGUUGAAAGUGCUUCUGUAAAAAUUGUCGUUUCUUGGCUUUGUUCUUCGAAUAUUAGUUUGUCUGUAUCCUCUUCUUUUAAUAAAAGUGUUUUAACACUUGAA